CUUAUAAUUAAAAACUAGUUAAAUUUAAAGAGAUAAAAUGUUUAUCAGUAUAAAUCAAACAGUAACUUGUGUGAUAACAAAGUCGACCCACUAUCGCCACACACAAGAAAAUACUUGAUAUUCUCGAACGGAUUAAAACUCAAAACAUGGAACCCGAGGGAAAGGCUAGAGCGAACUGGGGAAGUCAGCUAGAGUUUAUUCUGACCUGUGUUGGCUUUGCUGUAGGUCUGGGUAACGUUUGGCGUUUCCCUUAUCUCUGUUUUAAAAAUGGUGGAGGUGCUUUUCUGAUUCCAUAUUUCAUAUGUCUCGUGUUCAUUGGGAUACCGUUAUUUUAUUUGGAGUUAUGUUUGGGACAAUUUGCAAGUUUAGGACCAAUAAAAGUAUUCAGGAUCAACCCCGCAUUGAAAGGUCUUGGAUUUUCAAUGAUAAUAGUAUCUUCUCUGAUCGCCAUUUAUUAUGCCGUCAUCAUUGCAUACUGCAUAUACUUUUUCUUCGCGUCCAUGGCGGCGGAAGUUCCCUGGAAAUAUUGUGAUAACUCAUGGAACACAUGUGCUUGUCAGGAUGGAUAUCAAACAUUCAAUUUCUCACUCAUGGAUCCUCGGAAUUCCUCGAGACCUGACUGUGCUAAUUUUACCUACAGCGAUAACAAGACAGUUUCAGCUAGUGACGAAUACUUUAACAAUAAAGUCCUGGAAAUUUCUGGUGGUUUGGAGUACCCGGAGGGAAUAAAGUGGGAACUAGCUCUAUGUAACCUAGCUGUUUGGGCAAUUGUAUUUAUUGUCCUCUCAAAGGGAAUUAAAUCUCUUGGAAAGGUUGUAUAUUUUACAGCCACGUUUCCUUACAUCCUGUUAACUAUUCUGCUGGUCCGUGGUCUAACACUAGAGGGAUAUGAAGAAGGAAUUAAAUUUUAUCUAACACCGGACUGGAGUAAGCUUACUCAGGCUGAUGUAUGGAGUGAUGCCGCUGUUCAGAUAUUUUACUCUCUAAGCGCAUGUUCAGGAGGACUUAUUGCUAUGGCCAGUUACAACAAAUUCAGCAACAAUAUUUUAAGAGAUUCCUUCCUGGUACCUAUAAUCAACUGUUUGACAAGUUUCUACGCUGGGUUUGUCAUAUUUGCUGUCCUGGGUUUUAUGGCACAUAAGAAGGGUGUCUCAGUGGAUAAAGUGGCGGCUGGAGGACCCGGAUUAGCUUUUGUUGUGUACCCAGAGGCUCUCGCACAAAUGCCUGUAUCACCAUUAUGGGCUAUCUUGUUCUUUUUUAUGAUGAUGACAUUAGGAUUUAGCUCACUUUUUUCGAUCACAGAAACAGUUAUAACAGGUCUUGUUGACGAAAUGAAGGAUUAUUUAAUGAAACCUAAAAUUCGGUUAUAUAUGUUCAGAUUUGGCAUUUGUGCCUUCUUCUUUCUACUAGGUUUGCCAAUGGUUACUAGGGGAGGUUUAUACAUGCUGAAUCUAUGUGAUACGUACGUGGGUGGUUUCCCUUUGUUAUUCGUAGGUCUCUUCGAACUUACGUUAGUGUCAUACAUAUAUGGGUUUUUCCGAUUUAGAAAAGACAUAGAAAUGAUGAUGGGUAACUCCUUACCAGUUCAAGUCACAUUUUUCUUCUUUGCCCCGACAUGGUGUGUUAUCUCACCCGUAGCAUUAGCAGUUGUAAUUGUUUUAAAAGCUAUCCAAUAUGAACCUACAGCAAUGGGGUCUUAUAUGUACCCAGAUUGGGCCAAUGCAUUGGGCUGGAUGAUUGUUCUUUGUCCGUUAGUUUUCAUUCCUGGAUGGUUUAUAUAUCAUCUGCUGUUCAAAGACAAUAGAGGGAUGUGCUCCCCAAGACCCAACUGGGGACCAGCUCUUGAUGAAAACCAAACUGGAAGAUAUGCUAAACCAAUCACACAUGCUCACCCACAGGCCGCUUAUGUUGUUGACAGUGAAAAGAAGCCUUAUUUUAAUCAACCAAUCACAAAUGGUCUUGAGAAUAAAGGAUACGAAUCGGACUUAUCUGAACCAACUACCAAGUUUUGAUUACGUCAUUUUGACAAACAUUUCAACGAGAGAGAUCUGAUUAUUUCUACUGUUUAAUGUACAUAUUAUAAAAACAUGAUGUUCUUCUCCAACUCGAUAUCUACACUUGUGUGUAUACUUAUAUAUCCACUAAACUGUGUAUAGUUAAGAUUAAGCAGAGGGAAAUCAAUAUAUAUGCUGUACAUCGCUACUCUUUAGUUAUACACAGAUGUAAUUUACUAAUUCAUUUAUUUCAUUGGUGUCACUUAAAAAAUGUGAAUUCUUACUGGAUCGUGUGCUGCCUCAUUGACACAUCUUUUAUCCGUUUUAUUGCAGUUUACAAAUGUUUCCCAUUGCUUUAAAUCAUGGCCGACGAUGUUAUCUCCCCUUUUUAUGAAGAAAUCCAUACUUAUUUCUACCUUCUAGUUGCGUAUAUAUGAAGCCAAUAUGAAGUACGCGUUUAUGUUUGGUUUACAGUAAAGAAAUGGUAAAGGUAUAUGACUGUAUAAAUUUCUGAAACAACAUCUCGACACAAUAGUGUUAUCAAAUAUACCAAAGGUUAAUCAAUAAAAGGAGAAUUUUAAGUUUAUAAAAUCUGAGAAAAAAAUGAUCGACUAAAUCAAUCAACGGAACGAAACAAAACAAAACAUUUGUCAUACUAGUAUUCCAUACUCGGAGCAGGCAUGUUCCCAAUAAAAUUAUUGGUUAAUUCUAGUUGCAGAUCUACCUAAACCUCCCAGUUUUAUUAUAAUUGUGUGAGCAACAUAAACCGACUAAUUGGUUAAAGUGACAUUAUUAAGAUCCCAUAAAUGAGGGUGUAACACAUUUUUAGACAUUGUCGAUUUUCAUGGAAUUUUCAACGAACCCCCAAUGUCUGCAGCUAUAGAUAACUGCAUGUUACUUACCAGGAAUGAUAAACUUCAAUAAAGCAAUGAGGAGUAAAUAAAGGGACACAAUAUUGUAACGAUGCAACAUAUUCAACGAUAGAGAACAAUAAAUAAACAUUAAAAUAUUA